AUGAUGAAGCUGCGGGCGUUUAUUUUCGUUUUCAUGAUGCUGAUGCUCGGCGGCGCAGAGGCCUGCAAGUGUAUGAUGGGCGACACGCCGAUGCACGUCGAAACGCGAUACUGCUGCGUCGAGGUCGGCGGGUUCCCUCGCGGCCACGACUGUCCCGCCGGCACGAUAUCCAAACACCUCUCGGCUUUUUCAGAUUGCUGCAAGUCAAUGGAGAGGGGCUUCAAGUCGGACUGCAGGUGCCCAAAGGGCUGCUAG